AUGCUUGGAAAGGAGUACGCAUUUUGUCGCCCUUCGUCUAUUGGUGACUGCCCUGUUGGUUACCUAUGUGACCAAUCUUUUGUUCUGGGCAAAUCCAUUUGCUGCCGUGACAAUCGUCUCAGACCAAUGCCAAAUCGCCCUUCUGUUGUUAGUGCGACUUCAGUCGAACCACCAUUCAGGCUGGAAAUACGAUCACACCUACGGCGUCACCGAAAUGGAUCGCUCACACCACAGCAAAGAAAGCUCCAUGGUAUAUUAAAGAUAGGUAGGACUACUUGGCCAAGUGUAUAUAAUAGAAUGACACCAGAGACUACAAUUCCGACAACUGAGGAAACUACUACUACACAAACACCUGUCACAACUACUACAACGAGCACCACUAGCACAACCUUGGCACCAAGCACGACCACGAAGACCACAAAUCUUUGGGCGCGGGUGUGGACCACAACAAAGGCACCACAAAAUCCCGUCACAGUCAGCGUUCUACAAGCUGGAAGUAUUCGGACCCUUCGGGAUGGCCAAUCGGAAGCCGUGGGAGCUAUCACGCUAAUCAACGACAACGGAUUCUAUGUGCUUGUCAACACUGGCGCUUCAAGUGACACUGAACGAUUACUGCACAGUAAGUUGCUACCGAUGUUGUCUUUCCUUUCAGCUCUUUGGUUCCCGUUUGUCGCAGAAUCUGCUGAAAGGGGUGAAAAUUAG